AUGAAGGUACCGCCCUCUAUACUGCCAAAGAAAAUCAAAUACGUCGGCAGUCACCAAUAUGUGCUACGAGCCAAUUUCCAGUACGAAUAUCUUCAAAACGUUCUUCGCAUACAUCGUUAUUGGAGACGAGAUAGUGGACUCCGCGUGACGAAUCGCCAACAAAAGAAGAGAAGGCCAACUUUUAUGAAAAGAAGGUACUUUUCAGCUGGUUGGCAAGGGAUGCUCUAUCGCAAAUUCAUCUUUGGCACUAGUGGUGAGGUCUACACUGCACAACUCCACAGUUCGCAGACGCACUUCGUCACGUCGGAAUCGUGGAAUCUUUACCUCCUUCAUGACAAAUAA